AUGCCUUACACCUACGGAAUGAUUAUGCUUUUCGUGACCGAAGAAGUUCAAGCCAAUUAUAGUUCUGCCGAAGUGGCUACUGUCGCUCUACCUGAAAAGCGUCCACCCGGUACCACGGGCGCAAAGACAGAAUUUACCACAAACUUGACUUCUUUAACAUUGAAGCCGAAUGUGCCAUUUUUCAAAUAUGAUAUUCGCAUGUAUAUGGUGUACAAAGGCGCAGACGGAAAGGAGCAUUUGAAGGAGCUUACGAAGCAAACGAAAGACGAUUUUCCUGAACAGGAGCGCAAAACAGCAACGGUCAUCGUGUACAAACAUAUAUGCAAAUCAUACCCAGAUGUAUUCCCGUCUGGCGGAGCCCUGUUUUACGAUCGUGCUGCUGUGCUUUUUUCAGCCCAGAAGCAGAUCAAAUUAGAUGGCGAAGAAAAAGUUUUGAACCUUGCUGCAAGUUUGGUAUCCAGUGCCAGUGAUGCAAUUGGAGUUCGCGUUGUUAUUAAGAAAGUCACGGACGGAUUUCAGGUAUCUCAGCAACUCAUGGUGACCUCAAACGAUCUUUUUAAAGCAGUCAAUGUACGUGAUAUGGAAAAGGAUAAAGGUCUUUUGGAAGUGCUGAAUUUGGCCAUGUCGCAAAAAGGAUAUAUGGAGACGUCGCAGUUCGUGACGUAUGGAUCUGGCGUCCACUAUUUAUUCGAUCAUCGUGCUCUGGGUUUUAGAGACCAAGAGGUUCCUGAACUCAUGGAUGGAAAGUACAUGGGAAUUGGCCUUACGAAAAGCGUCAAGGUUUUGGAAGGCGAGAAGGAUCAGAAGUGUGGAGCCUUUGUAGUUGCAGAC